CGAUCGAUGCCCGCUCGCACGAGCGAUGACGACACCAAUGACGAUGCCGAUGAUGACAGGGGAAUGAACUGGGAAACGCUCCGUUCUGUGCUCAUCCUCCAUCUCUCCACUUCGCGACCCCAUUUGAAACAAGAUAUCGAUAUAGACGAAGAGGUAGAUGGGGAGAAUGUCGACUACCUUAUCACUUCCCUCCAGGAGGAGGGUGUUGCCCUUGUCCCAAAAGACGGCGAGCUCACGCUGUCCGAACCAGAGGCCCACCCUUUUCGGAACGUCCUCUCCCCGUUACUUGAAGAGCUCUUCGGUAUCCAAAACGGAGAAGUGACCUUCUUCUGCAGCUGUGUGAUCGAUGCCUACCUUUUCUCCACACGCUCCGUCCAGGCAGACGAAGCAUCACCAACCCAACGCAAACCAGCAACUUGCGAGCUCUGCGCCCGCCCUAUGCCCCUAACAGCACAUCACCUGUAUCCCCGCUCGGAGCACUCAAAGCUGCUCAAGCGUACCCAGCUGAGCAAGGCCCAGCUGCAGCAGACACUCGCCUUCCUCUGCCGGCCGUGUCAUUCUGCGGUGCACAAGAUGCUGGAUGCGCCGACGCUGGCGAGGGAGUAUGCGAGUGUGGAACGAUUGAUUGCGCAUGAGGGGUUGGCGAGGUGGGCUGCUUGGGCUGGGAAGCAGAGGGUUGUGGGCAAGGGACUGAGGACGGCUAGAUAG